GUGUGUUUUACUAAAAAAUAAUUCAAUUAAACUAAAUUAUUGUAGUUAAACAAAUGUCUUUAGACUUGGCAUUGUCUUUAGAAUCAAGUGCUGUGGAAAAUAUCGAAAAUAUUCCAAAAUACUGUUAUUUUUGUAAGUUUUUGUUAGUUGAAGAAUUGUGUUUGGAAGACGACUACCGGCUGUUGCACUGUGGCAGAUGUAGUGUAAUUGGAAAAUUACAAAAAUCCUCUGAAGGUGAUACUUUGUUGGAAAAUGUACGCGUAACUAAUUUGCCAAUCGAAUUUUCACUACCCGAAGGAACCUUAAGCAUACGUCUAUUAACCUUUUCAUAUUUUGGUACUCAACUAAGCAACAAUAAAUACGUGGAAAUAACUGGAGAAUUGGUACUAUACAAUACUAAAAACCCCCAAGAUAAUAAUCACAUAUUUUUGACUUCCAAAGAUAUUGUAGAACAAUUAGCCUCCACCACAAACGAGGUGGAGCACAACAAGCUAUUCAAAUAUUUUCAUAACAAUUACAAACCAGCCAUUAAAGUUUGGUUUGUACAACCAAUUAGCAGAGCUGGUGACUUAAUACAACGCAAUUUAGAAUUAAGAAUGUUACAACAACAAAUACUAUAA